AUGUUGGAAGCAAAAUUGAAGAUUUCAAUUAUUUUCUCUUUAUUUCUUUUCAUCCUUCUGCACAUUCCGUCUCAUGCUGCCAAACAGUCUUAUAUAGUAUACCUGGGACAACAUUCCUUUCCUCAGGGCAGUACAAUUUUUUAUGAUCAGAAAGUGUCACAGUCACACCAUGACUUGCUGGCCACAUUAUCUUAUAGUGGGAAGCCGGAAGAGGAGCAACCUGAAAUUUUUUACUCUUACAAUAGAGUUGUGAAUGGUUUUGCUGCAAUACUUGAUGAGCAACAAGCAGAACAGCUUAAAAAUCAUCCGGGUGUCCAAUCAGUUAUGUUGAACAGAAAAUAUGAACUACACACAACACAUUCAUGGGAUUUUCUUGGAUUAGAGAACAAUAAUGGAGCAGCUACAAAAAACUCAAUUUGGAAAAAGGCAAAAUAUGGUGAAGGUGCCAUUAUUGCAAAUUUCGACACAGGUGUUUGGCCAGAAUCAGAGAGCUUCAACGAUGAAGGGACGGGUCCCAUGCCAUCAAGAUGGAGAGGAUUUUGUCAGAGCGAAGGUGGAGUUCGCUGCAACAGAAAGCUUAUAGGAGCAAGGUACUUUUACAAAGGCCUUAAUGCAGCAAUUGGCCCUAACAAAACUGAACUAUCUGCACGGGACACUGACGGCCAUGGCUCCCAUACCUUAUCCACAGCUGGUGGCAGCUUUGCCCCUAGAGCUAGUAUCUUUGGUUAUGGCAAUGGAACAGCUAAAGGUGGAUCACCAAAAGCUCGAGUGGCUGCUUACAAAGUCUGCUGGCCUGCCGGCUGUUAUGGAGCAGAUAUCUUGGCUGCAUUUGAUGCCGCCUUAAGUGAUGGAGUCGAUGUGAUCUCAUUAUCAUUAGGUGGGGCUGGUGAGAUAGAUUAUUCUAUUGAUACAAUAGCUAUUGGAGCCUUAACUGCCAUUCGUAGAGGGGUUAGUGUAGUUGCCUCAGCUGGUAAUGAUGGACCAGAUGCAAUUACUGCAUCCAAUGUGGCUCCAUGGUUUUUCACAGUUGGCGCUAGCACAAUGGAUCGCGUUUUCACUAGUUUUGUUAUACUUGGCAAUAAUAAGCAUUUAAGGGGAACAAGUCUUUCAGACACAGCCUUGCCUGCUGGAAAGUCUUAUCCUUUGAUAUUAGCAGCUGAUGCAAAAGCUGCUAAUGCAACAACUGCAAAUGCUACGCUAUGCGGACCUGGAACACUUGAUCCUUCCAAGGCUGCAGGGAAGAUCAUAGUCUGCCUUCGAGGUGGUAAUAUUGCAAGAUUAGAUAAGGGAAUUGAAGCUGCUAGAGCAGGUGCUGUUGGGAUGAUAUUGGCAAAUGACCAAUCUAGUGGGAAUGAACUUAUAGCUGAUCCUCAUCUACUUCCUGCUUCACAAAUCAAUUACACUGAUGGUUUAGUUGUUAUUGCCUACAUAAAUUCCACCAAAAAUGCGGCGGCAUCAAUUUCUCCUGUACUCACAGAACUGGGAGUCAAGCCAGCUCCAGAGAUGGCGGCAUUUUCUUCUAGGGGACCUAAUUCAAUUGAUCCAGAAAUCCUUAAGCCUGACAUCACUGCACCUGGAGUUGAUGUACUCGCUGCUUAUUCUGAAGUAGCAUCGCCAUCUGAAUCAAUAUCUGAUGCCCGCCGGACUGCAUUCGCUAUAAUAUCUGGCACUUCAAUGUCAUGCCCUCACGUCUCUGGUAUUGUUGGCCUUCUCAAGUCACAACACCCAGAUUGGAGUCCUGCUGCUAUCAAAUCUGCCAUCAUGACUACUGCAACAACACGAGCCAAUGAUGGGAAGCCUAUACUUGAUGCAGAUGGGAAAAAUGCAACACCUUUUGCAUAUGGUGCUGGACAUAUACGUCCAAACCUUGCAGCAGAUCCCGGCCUAGUUUAUGAUUUAACUUUGAAUGAUUACCUAGACCUUCUUUGUCACCAUAAGUACAACAUAUCCUUUAUACGAUCAUUCGGAAAUGCUUCUUAUACAUGUCCUGAGCAUUUUAGUGUAUCGACAUUCAACUACCCUUCGAUCACAGUUCCAAAACUCACAGGCUCAACCACUGUGAUUCGCAGAGUCAAGAAUGUAGGCUCUCCAGGGACAUAUAAUGUUCAUGUCUUGGCACCCUCUGGAAUUACUGUUGUGGUUGAACCUGAAAGCUUGUCAUUUACAAAAACUGGUGAGGAGAAGAUGUAUAAGGUUACUUUUAAGCCUGCUGUGAAUAGCACCGAGCACAAAGACUAUGUUUUUGGGGAGCUAAUUUGGUCGGAUGGGAAGCAUAAGGUCAAGAGCCCUCUUGUGGUUAAACAUAUGUAG